UCCAAAAUAAAAAAGUUCGAACAUUCACAACAAACUUUGCAUGCUUCUUUUUCUUCUUCUUCUUCUUCUGUUUCAUUGUUCUUCUUCACUUUGGUUUUCAUCUUUUCAAUUCGUUGUUGUCUAAAUUUUAAACCUUUGAAUCCAAAGAGUGUCAUGGAAGACCAGAAAGAGAAGAUUUCAGGUUCCAAGUAUUUAGAAACUAACAUUGACGUGCAGCCAGAGCCGUCUGUGGACAAACAUGAGCCGGAAACCGAUGACGGUGGCGCCACCGAAGUCCAACGGCAGUGGAAGAGGAAAGAGAUGCUAACUUUCGGCCCAUUAGGGCUAAGAGGAAUUGCUCUAUCUAUGUCUUUGUUUUCCCUCAUUUUUAUGGCUAGGAACAAGUAUGGUUAUGGGUAUGAAUUUGACAAGUUCGAAGAAUACAGAUACUUGGUGGCUGUGGCAACUCUAUCUACUUUGUACACUGCAGUUCAAGUGUUCCGACAAGUUCAUGAAAUUUCCACUAUGAAAAGCCUGAUGCAGCCAAGAACUGAAGGGUUGAUUGAUUUUGUUGGGGAUCAGGUUCUGGCAUAUCUCUUGAUAUCAUCAACGUCUUCAGCGAUUCCAUUAACAGAUCAAAUGAGGAAAGUUACAAUAAAUGUAUUUACGGACUUUUCAGCUGCAUCCAUUGCAUUUUCCUUAUUUGCCUUUUGCAGUCUAGCACUUUCAGCUGUUGUAUCAGGAUACAAACUCUCUACCCAAACUUAUACUCCUAUUGCUAUGGACUCUGAACUAGCACCAGAAACAGGGGCAAAGAGGAGAAUUAUCAGACCAAAAUAUUUGAAAGAUUACAUAACAAAAUGAGGAUGAGGUACGCAGCCAAGUCAGCAGAGAUUCUAGAAGAUUACCGUCAGAGAAGCUGUCCUCUGGCCUCAGUGCAAAUUCGAUCCACGCAGAGCACCCAUUUUGCAUGUUUUCGUGUUUUUAUUUCAAAUUCCUCCAAGGCACAAAAAGCCAAAAUCUGUUAGAAUUACAUACUCUAGAAUGAUCACAGAGCAUCUAUAAAUAGAACAUGAAUGUAAUACAAUGGAUUCAAGCAGAAAUAAUACAAACCUUCCUU